AUGGUAUGGGCACAAUUAGAAUUAGAAGCACCUCAUAUAGCUUAUGCUUGUAUUGGUAUUUUUAGUACCUUAUUUUCAUUAGUAUCUUUAUUUGUUAAAGAAAGAUUAUAUAUUGGUGAAGCAACAGUUGCAACUAUCGCUGGCCUUAUAAUUGGUCCUCAUUGUCUAAAUUGGUUUGAUCCUAUUAAUUGGGGUAAUUCGGAUUUCAUUACUUUAGAAAUAUGUCGUAUAGUAUUAUGUAUACAAAUUGUUGCAGUUGCAGUCGAAUUACCAAGAAAAUAUAUGAAAAAACAUUGGUUAUCAGUUGCAAUCUUUUUAUUACCAGUUAUGACUUUUGGUUGGUUAACUGUAGGAUUAUUCAUUUGGGCUUUAAUUCCACAUUAUAAUUUUAGUGAUGGAUUAUUAGUUGCUGCAUGUGUAACUGCAACUGACCCUAUUUUAGCUGCUGCUGUUGUUGGUAAGGGGAAAUUUGCUCAAAGAGUUCCUGGUCAUUUAAGAAAUUUAUUAACUGCAGAAUCUGGUUGUAAUGAUGGUAUGGCAUUCCCAUUUAUAUUUUUAGCUUUAAAUAUAAUUAUUCAUCCUCAUAAUCCAGGAAAAAUUAUUCAAGAUUGGUUUACUUUAACUAUUUUAUGGGAAUGUAUAUUUGGAUGUAUUUUGGGAUUUGUUUUAGGAUUUGUUUUAAGAAAAUUAGUAACAUUUGCAGAAAUGAAAAAUUUAAUUGAUCGUGAAUCAUUUUUGGCAAUUUUUGUAUUUUUAGCAUUUAAUUCUGCUGGGAUUGGAUCUAUGUUAGGAGUAGAUGAUUUAUUAGUAUCAUUCGUUGCAGGUACUGCAUUUGGUUGGAAUGGUGAUUUUGCUAAAAAAACUGAAGAAUCUCAUGUUUCUACUGUUAUUGAUUUAUUAUUAAAUUUAUCAUUUUUUGUUUAUUUUGGAGCAAUUAUCCCUUGGCCACAAUUUAAUAAUCUGGCAUUAGGUUUAGAUGUAUGGAGAUUAGUAGUUCUUGCAUUUGUUAUUAUAUUUUUACGUCGUCUUCCUGCUGUUAUUGCCUUUAAACCACUUACACCCGAUGUCAAAACUUGGAGAGAAGCUUUAUUUUGUGGACAUUUUGGACCAAUUGGAGUUGGUGCUAUAUUUGCAGCCAUCUUAGCCAGAAAAGAUUUAGAACAACACUAUACCACAGAGGAAACUCCUUUGGCUCAUUUACCAGGAGAAUCAUUUCCUCAUUAUCAAUUAUUAGCCACCAUAUGGCCAAUUGUUUGUUUUAUUGUUAUAACUAGUAUAAUUGUUCAUGGAUCUUCAGUGGCUGUAUUAACAUUGGGUAAAAGAUUAAAUAGAAUGGCAAUUACAAUGUCAUUUACAACAACUACAGGAGAACAAACACCAAGUUGGAUGUCAAGAUUACAAAAAUUAGAUAAAGUUAGUACAUCAUUUAGUUUACAUCGAGUAGAUACAGAAAUGACUGAAAAGAAAGAUAGUCCAUAUGCUGAAAAAUUAGCAACAGCACCUUCAAUUGAAACAAGUGGAAUUAAAGUUCGUCCAGCCGGUGGAGCUAAAAGAAAACUGCAUAAAAAGAGAAAAAGAAGAUCAGGAGCUCAUGUCAUUAAGAAAACCCUAUCAAGAGUCACGACCAAGGAACCAGAAGAUGGAUACGAAUCCCCCGAUCAACAACGUCGACAACAACCAGCCACAGAGUUCCUACAACUCGGACUUCGUCCGCCUCCAUCCAUAGACCAACAACCACCUAUCCAACGAGAAGGCAUCCCCACACCACUAGAAGACGCCUCCUCAUCCGAACAAACCCAUAUCAUCACCCAGACGGUCUCACCGCCCGAUAAAACCUCAGGAUUGUCAGCAUAUGGACAACAACCGCCCACAGAAGCCGAGAAACAAAGUCGACCAACUGUGGCAUAUCAAGAUGGUGAUCAGAUUAUUAUUGAGGAUCAAUAUGGAGAAAUUAUGGAUAAUUUGAAGUUGACCAUCAAACCUGGGAAAAUCCCCUUGAAAGGACACGUGCCUGUCAGUCCCGUCAAGGCAACCACCCCAAUAGGGGGUCCAUUCGAGGAUGGCGGGGAUCAGCAAGAUAGUAUACAUUCCAUCGAAUCCCUUCAACGACGCCUUACGCAAUAUUCAACCGCCGAUGAAGAAGGAGAAGAAAGGGUAGAUGAUCAUCUGCCAGAAGUAGAAGGAGAUAGUUCAAGUGGUGGAAGCAUGGUCCCUCUUCGAAAACGAAUCAGUCGAACACUAUCAAAGAAGGCAUUUGUACAUAAAUCAGACCCAAGACGUAAAAAAGUGUUUGCUCAUCAAGUGGAUGAUUUAAUCUUGAUUGAGAAUGACGAAGGGGAAAUUAUUAGAAGAUAUAAAGUGAAUAGACAUAUAUAUCCCCCAGGUGUCAAGAAGACACAUGUUGAUGAUGAAAAUACAAGCACAGGAGGAACCCGGACUAGGUCGGGCACGAUUGUGGAUCGGAUGAGAUCAUUGGUUGGAUUGAAGACAAAGUCAGGAAUAGUGGAAGAGAAAGAAAAUAAACGAGGUAUGUCGACUCCUGAUAUUCGAAUUUCGCACUAUGAUCACGAUUUAGAGGAUCAGACACGCGUGCUUACACCGCAUGAAGAUGCGGAAGAUGUUGUGGAUGGGGGAAUAGGAUCUAGUUCGAAACUAGAAGAGAAGUUGACUGAUUUGUUGACACAACAAAAGAAGAAGGGGAAACGGAAACAAUCCCCGCCUCCUUCAAAUAGGAUAACUGAUCUGGAAGAAGAGGAGGAAGAUAGUGAAUUAUCUGAAGAUUCGGAGGAAGAGGAAACUGAGAUUGAAAAGAGGAGGAGAUUGUUAGCAUUAGGGCAAUUAAGGAGUGAUAAUAGGGAUGAAGAUGAUGAAGAAGAGUAG